AUGAAGGGCCUCACCCUCCUCGAGCGCAUCACCGCCGCGCUCCUCGUCGUCUCCGCCUCCCUCUUCCUCCUCGCCCGCGUCGUCCCCUUGAUCCCCUUCCGCCGCCCCCCGCCGCCCCCCGCCCACGAAUACACAUACCGCGGCACCGACUUCCCCGCCGAGUGGCCGCUCCCCGCGCUCCCCGCCGUCCGCCUCCCGCACGAAGACAGCGUGCAUUACUCCGCCGCGCUCGCCGACGCCCCCGACCGCGGUGCCGCGGCGUGGGCCGCGCUCCUCCCGCGCGGCGGCGCGACCGUCCGCCUCGGCCCCGCCGGCCGCCCGUUCACGCUCGGGAUGUUCCACCAGCUCCGGUGCCUCGACGUCCUGCGCGCGCAGCUCGUGGCCGUGCACGACUCGUACGCCCCCGGGACGAAUGAGUCGUGGCGGCGCGCGCCGGGCGGAGAGGGGGAGGAGAGGGUGGACGGGCUGACGGGGCGGGAGCGGGAGAUGGCGGGACACUGCCUGAACUACCUGCGGCAGUCGGUGAUGUGCCGCGGGGACUCGCGGCUGGAGCACCUGCGGUCGAACACGGACGCGCAGACGACGGUGUCGGACGUGACGCACGAGUGCAGGGACUGGACGGCGGUGUACGAUGCGGCGGAGGCGAACUAUGCCGACUACGUUGCUAGGACUCGGGACGAGCUGUAA